AUGGCCCUCCUCGAGAUGACAACCUACCUCACCAGCCUUAUCCUCACUUUCUUCUGCUCCCUCUUUGCCGCAUGCUACCGCUCUAUCCAGCACUUCGGUUACAUCAUCGUCACCGUCUUCGCGUGGUUCGCAGACAUGGCCCUCGGCAUGCUCAUCAGACUGUUCAUCACCCCAGUUCUCUCGUGGAUGGGUUACGGCCCCAAAGGCUCCAUCGUCGAAUUCCUCGGCCCCGCUUCGUGGCUGCUCUACGGCGACUUGAUCCCCGUGACGGAGUUCAUUGCCCAUCUGCAGCGGAUGGCUACUGCUUGGUACACCGACUGGUGA